GCCAAUAGCUGAGCAGAAUGAUAAUCCACAAGGACCAAUCAUCGCCGCCAUCAGGCUCCACCCCCCGCAGAGCACCGUGAGCAGCAUUUCAGCACCUGGAGCUGUCCGUGCUGCACGCGCCAGCCGACAACUGACGGUGAGAUGUCCCGGGUGAAGCAGGUAGGUCUGCUGGCAGCAGGCUGUCAGCCCUGGAACAAAGAUGUGUGUGCUGCCAGUGGAGAGCGCUUCGCCUACUGCGCCACUCUGGCUAUAUACAUCUACCAGUUGGACCAGCAGUACAAUGAAUAUAAGUUGAGGUCCAUCAUGUCUGAGCACAAGAAGACCAUCACAGCCAUCAGCUGGUGUCCUGACAACCCAGACUUGUUUGCAUCGUCCUCAGCUGAUAACCUGCUCAUCAUAUGGAACGUAGCCGAACAAAAGGCUGUUGCCCGGCUGGACAACACUAAAGGUGUCCCUGCCUCAGUCAGCUGGUGCUGGAACCUAGCUGACGGAGUGGCCUUUGUCUCCCAACGUGGUCCGCUGUACAUCUGGGUGUAUGGAGGGCCUGACCCGGGGGUCACAGUGCAUAAAGAAGCCCACUCCUUCCUGUCAGAUAUCUGUCUCUUCAGAUGGCACCCAACCAAGAAAGGCAAACUGGUGUUUGGACACACAGAUGGAAGUUUGUCUGUUUUUCAGCCAGGGAGUAAAGGCCAAAAGCACGUGUUGCGUCCCGAGUCAUUGGAAGGGACAGAUGAAGAGGACCCAAUCAGCGCUCUGGAAUGGGACAUUCUGUCAACUGACUAUUUACUAGUGUCUAACCUGCACAAUGGGAUCCGGCUGGUGGACAGCGAGGCCCUGGUGUGCAUCACGUCCUUCUGCUUCCCCUCCGCUGCGGCCUCGGUGCAGUGCCUGGCCUGGGUCCCCUCGGCCCCCGGCAUGUUCAUCACUGGAGACUCCCAGGUUGGGGUGUUGAGGGUCUGGAAUGUGUCUCGCUCCACUCCUUUGGACAGCUUUAAACUGAAAAAGACUGGAUUUCACGCUUUGCAUGUCCUGAACUCCCCUCUUGCCAAGAAAGCUCAGAGUUCCUGUUCUCCCAGUAAAAGUCAGCACACCAGUUCCACCAGUGAGGCUGUCCCUCCCCCAACCCUGUCCCAGAACCGGUCUUUCUCUCUGCCUCCGGGCCAUGCUGUGUGCUGUUUCAUGGAUGGUGGGGUGGGGCUAUAUGACAUGGGGGCCAAGAAGUGGGACUUCCUACGAGACUUGGGGCAUGUAGAGACUAUCUUUGACUGUAAGUUUAAGCCAGACGACCCCAACCUGCUGGCCACUGCUAGCUUUGAUGGAACCAUCAAAAUCUGGGACACAAACACUCUGACAGCAGUUUACACCUCGCCUGGCAACGAAGGAGUGGUAUACUCACUGUCCUGGGCUCCAGGAGAUCUGAACUGCAUAGCAGGCGCAACGUCUCGUAAUGGAGCGUUCAUCUGGGACGUCAGGAAAGGAAAGAUCAUCACUCGCUUUAAUGAGCAUGGUAAGAAUGGUAUAUUCUGCAUAUCAUGGAGCCAUAAGGACUCCAAGAGGAUUGCUACCUGUAGUGGAGAUGGAUUCUGUAUCAUCCGGACCAUCGAUGGUAAAAUCCUCCAUAAGUACAAACAUCCUGCUGCGGUGUUUGGGUGUGACUGGAGCCAGAACAACAAGGACAUGAUCGCUACAGGCUGUGAGGAUAAAAAUGUCCGUGUGUACUACCUGGCCACCAGCUCCGACCAGCCUCUGAAGGUCUUCACUGGACACCUCGCCAAAGUCUUCCAUGUGCGCUGGUCUCCACUCAGAGAGGGAAUACUGUGUUCUGGAUCAGAUGAUGGGACUGUCCGUAUAUGGGACUACACACAGGACGCCUGUAUCAACGUGCUGAGUGGGCACACAGCUCCGGUCAGAGGCUUGUUGUGGAACACUGAGGUUCCGUACCUCCUCAUUUCAGGGUCUUGGGAUUAUACGAUCAGAGUGUGGGACACUAGAGAUGGAACAUGUUUAGAUACAGUCUACGACCACGGAGCUGAUGUGUACGGUUUAACAUGUCAUCAGAGCCGCCCCUUCACCAUGGCGAGCUGCAGCAGGGACAGCACGGUGCGGCUGUGGUCCCUCGCCCCCCUGGUGGCCCCUCUGCUGCUGAACAUCCUCACAGAGCAGCCCUGGGACAGGAUCAACGGGAGCACAGACACAGCGAUGGUCCCCGGCGCCCCCCCGCUGCUCUGUGGGAAAGUGUCUCGAGACAUCAAGCAGGAGCUGGAUAAACUGAGCUGUGACACCAGGGCCAAGAAGCUGCGCUGGUUCUCUGAGUGCUUUUCGCCUCCAGGGGGCAGCAGCAACCUGUGGGACCUGGUGUCUGUGAUCAGCGGGCAGGACGACUCGUUGCUGCCUCCCAGCUACAGCGGGGGGGUGAUGCACAUGAAGCACCUGCUCAAGUUUAAAACGUCUGAAGCGCAGGAGCUCACUAUAGUAAAGAUGUCUAAAUUUGGAGGGGGGAUCGGAGCCCCCAGUAAAGAGGAGAGGCUGAAAGAAGCCGCAGACAUCCACCUGAGACUGGGACAGGUCCAACGAUACUGCGAAUUAAUGGUGGAGCUGGGACAGUGGGAGAAAGCCUUGUCUGUGGCUCCAGGAGUCUCCAUGAAAUACUGGAAGAAUCUCAUGCAGAGGAGAGCUGAGCAGCUGAUGGCUGAGGAUAACGAUGAUGCUAUCCCAUACGGCAUCGCCACAGGAGACAUAGAACAACUGGUGAGCUUCUUCACUGGCAGAGGACAGCUUCAGGAAGCCUUGAUGAUAGCACAGGGAGCUUGCGAAGGGAACAUUCGUGCACCGCACAGCUCCACAGUGAACCACACAACUAAUGAUGUGGAUAGCACACAACAAUACCAGAGUCUCCUCCAUAAGGUCUGUAAGGAACUCGCUGAGUGGUACUUCCAGGAUGGAUGCUCCGUUCUGGCUGCAUGCUGCCACCUCGCUGUGGACAACAUCAAGUUAGCCAUGUCAAGUCAUAUCCGAGGUAAUGAGCUGGAGUUGGCUGCAUGUGUGGGUAUAGUCCUUGGAGAGGCAGCCAACCAGAGCACUGCAUACUGUCUUGAACUCCUGGCCAGGAAGUACAUGAUGACACCUACAUGGGAGCUCUCGGCUGACCUAGUGCAAAUGAUUCCUGACAAUGACAUUUUACUGGCUAAGCUGUGUGCAUAUUACCCAGGAAGCCCUGCAGAAAUCAAUCUCUUUCAUAAGAGGUGCGGUCUGCCUUCAUUGGAGGAUUGUAAGUCCUUGGCAGAAGCAGCCAUAUGUGAAGGAGAUUUGUUGUUGGCAGUUAAAUUCCACCUGCUGAGCUCUGAACCUGAGAAGGCUCUGUGGAUAGGUCUGGAUCACGUUAAAGAACAGCUGGCUGGGUCUGAUUGGACAGUGGACAAUGUUCAGCCCAUCCUGGACCUGAUGAGUUACAUCAGAACCGACUGCCUCACCAUGGCCAAUUUGACAGAAGUCCGCAGUGAGCUGUUGAUCCUGUGUGGAUAUAUUGGAGGUCUGCAGGCCAUUAGAAGACAGUACUCUAGCAUCGUUCCUGCCCUCUACGAAUACACCAGUCAGUUGUUGAAGCGGAGGGAGGUGUGUGUUCCUCUAAAGAUCGAGCAGCUGUCAGUGGAGCUGGAUGCCUGGCGAGCCUGCACACAAAUCAACAGCAAUUCUCCUUCAGAGUGUCAAAGAGAAGAAUUCAUCUGCGUCCAGAGGAGAAUCCCGCCAACAGACUCUGUGUUGUGUGGAGCAGAUUAUGUGACGGGCUCCAAUCUGCCCAGCCACUCAGAUGUUCAGCUGUCCUGCUUCACUGGACACAGAAUACAGGGUCCAGUAUUUCUCCUGGAGGACGGUAAAUCAGCCAUCUCUCUUAAUGAUGCACUAAUGUGGGCAAAGGUAAACCCUUUCUCCCCUCUCGGAACAGGACUCCGCAUAAACCCCUUUUAACACACACACUCAAGCACGCACACCCACACACACAUAUUUCUGUGCUUCAGCAAACUGGCCCUCUGUAUUAUAAUGACCCAUAAUCAUGGUUCAUUGUGGUUCAGGUGUGAAGGGGUUCGGAUUGAGUGGCAUAUGUGAUAUUCAUAUGUAUAUACAGGGUAUGAAUCUGAAAUACUUUCUUGUAUUGUUGUAAAAAAAGAAAAGAACAUACUUAAAUAAAGCAACCACUGCAUAUUGUGUUGCACAUAUAUUGAUGAUACAGCAGAAUAACGUGUAGAUAGAAUAAAUAAUAAAUCUCUAAUGCUGUACCAAAAAAUGAUCUAGUACAUGCAGAAAA